AUGUUGGCCUCACAAAAAGCAGGGGCUGCUGCUCGUUCAAAGGCAGGUACUACUCAAGCAGCCAGAGAAGCAGCAGCAGAAGCGCCGUCUCGCGCCAGGGCAGGAAGGGGUUCCCUUAUUACUGUAGACGGCCGCAGCAAAAGCGAAUUCGAGGAGCUGCACGUUAUUGGAUGCGGGGGCUUUGGCAGCGUGGUCAAGGUCAGGAUGAAGCAGGGGGGCGGCAUAUUCGCGCUAAAGAAGAUAUCUCUGUCUCUUGCAAAGACACCAGACGACGACGUUUCUGGGGCAGCUCUGUGCCUCCCUGCCAAUGUAGCUGCCGAGGCAGCGACUCUAGCGGCUCUAACGCAUCCGCACAUAGUCCGCUACUAUGACGCCUGGCUUGAGACUGCCAAGGGUGACGCCGCCGCACGGCCUUCCCCCGACGGAGUGGCAGCCUAUUUGUACAUUUUGAUGGAGUUUUGCCCGGGGAGAACUCUCAGAGAAGCCAUCGACUCGGGGCUGCUCAUUGGCAGGGUGCAGCAGCAGCAGCAGCGCCGUCAAGACACCGAGCAAGAACGGAAAGAAGAGCAGGAUGAGGAGCAGCAUCAGCAGGAGCGCCUCCGGCUUAGUGCCGAAGAGGCCUUAUCCGACGCUUCUGUGGGGGACCUCCUCGUGUGGAAGUGGGCCUUAACAAAGCAGCUGGUCCAGGCUGUGGUGCAUGUACACCACAAUGGGGUCAUUCACCGCGACCUCAAACCCUCGAAUAUUUUUCUCAAAGUGACAGACGGAGGCGGCCUGACCAUCAAGGUAGGAGACUUUGGACUCACGCGUUCCGUGCGAGCGCUACAAAGUGCCCCGCAGGCGGGAGGCCUUCUGGGAACCCUCCCGGAGAGCCCCUCGGGGGGCCCCUUGGAGGGGCCCCCUCCGAGACUAGGGAACCCUCUCUUGCAUUGCUCUUUGAGCAAAGGCGUGGGAACCGUCCACUACAUGGCGCCGGAGCAAGCCAACAGCACCCAAUACGGCCAAAGCGCCGACAUAUUUUCUCUGGGAGUCUGCCUCUUCGAAAUAUGGGCAGUGCCCUUCGCCACCAACAUGGAACGUUCGCUGGUACUGGGGGCGCUCUCGGCGCAGAGCAACGCGUGGCUGCAACAGCAGCAGCUGCUGCUGCAGCAGGAGACGCAGCAGUCCCUAGAGCCCCAGCAGCAGCAGCAGCAGCAACAACAGCAGCAGCAGCAGCAGCAACAGCAGCAGCCGCAGGACGAGCAGCAGCAGCUACACAAGCAGCAGCAGCAG